AUGAAGAUUCUCAAAUCUCUUCGUGGUGAAGAGACUUCCGCUCCUCUACUCCCUCCUAAACGUAGCAGGUGCGACGCCUGUGUUGCUAACCGGCAACCGUGCUUAGACGGUUGUGGAUUUGCCAAAGGCUUCCCGCCAGGAACUAUGAGCAAAUUCUUGGCCAUAAAGGGUCAAAAGAAUAUGGAUACAGUGUAUAAAAAUUUGCUCUUGAAGAGCGAAGCUGCAUGCAAGGUGUAUGUAGACUUUUUGUAUUAUGAAACUUGUUGCAGGGCAGAUAACUUGGUUGGAGGCUCCUUAGGAAAAAUUACAGAAAAAGACGCAUGGUAUGGGGCCCAGUAUGCAGAUAUUGAAGCUAAAUGUAAUAAGCUUGAACUUAAAAUAGCUAACCUCCUAAGGGAAAAGGAAAGCCUCAAAAACCCAUCCGCCUAA